CGGAAGUGACGGAAAGGCGGCGAUGGCGGCUCGCAGUUUCAUUCCGGAUUUGCACUGGACUACAAACUGAUUUUAACCGGACCGGUCACACUUUGGGGAACUUUUGUGAAGCUGUCUCUCGUCGGACGCCGCACAGAGUGAAGUCGCACUGCAUCGGCACUUGACAACGAGCGGCCCCACAGCUUUUUGGGGGGUACUUUUGUCCUGGGUUCAAGGUGGUCACCCUGUCGAGCUAACGUUAGCUUGGUGGCUAGCAGCUAACGUUACUGGGUACACAGCUAGCACCUGAGCUAGCUUGUCAACGAGCUGCGUGCUAAGGUCCAUACAGCAGCAGCACCUUGUCGUCUGACCACGUCUUGUCUUUCAGACUUACAAUGAAAAUAUCCUCUGUUUAACGCUAAUUGUGCCACAAGUGUGCAGAGCGAGGUCCUCACACACGUUUGCGUGGCCCUAUUUUGAAUUGCUAGUUUGGCGGCUGUGGCUAAAGACGGAUUUUGACUUUAGAUUCAUCACUAGCCCUAGCAGGUUCCUUGCCAGUAAUUGUCCCGACAACUUCGGGCAAAAGGCGUGCUAUCAGCUGAGAAUUGAAGUUGCUGUGGGGGUCUUUGCGUGCUCGUCAACAUGCUGAAGACCCGGCAGUGUUUACUUGGCAUCCGCACUUUUCUCGGCGUAACGUCGAGAAUAUGGGGCUUCAUCAUGUACAUCCUCAGGAAGCACCUACGAACGAUAAUCCAGUAUCAGACGGUGCGAUACGACACUUUGCCUCUGUCACCUAUUUCCAGAAACAGACUGAAUGCAGUAAAGAGGAAGAUUCUGGUUCUGGACCUGGACGAGACCCUGAUCCACUCUCACCAUGACGGGGUCCUCAGACCCACAGUGAGACCUGGCACGCCGCCAGACUUCAUCCUCAAAGUCGUCAUUGACAAGCACCCAGUCAGAUUCUUCGUACAUAAAAGGCCACAUGUUGAUUUCUUUUUAGAAGUGGUGAGCCAGUGGUACGAGCUGGUGGUUUUCACAGCCAGUAUGGAGAUCUACGGCUCAGCGGUGGCAGACAAGCUGGACAACAACAGGAAUAUCCUGAAACGCAGAUACUACAGACAGCAUUGUACAUUGGAUUUAGGUAGUUAUAUUAAAGACCUGUCUGUAGUACACGAUGACCUGUCCAGUAUUGUCAUCCUGGACAACUCGCCUGGUGCUUAUCGUAGCCAUCCAGACAAUGCAAUACCCAUCAAGUCCUGGUUCAGCGACCCUAGUGACACAGCACUUCUUAACUUGCUGCCUAUGCUGGAUGCACUAAGGUUCACUGCUGAUGUCCGCUCCGUCCUCAGUCGAAACCUCCACCAGCACCGGCUCUGGUGAUUGGCUGAUUUGAGAGAGGCGGGGCUUGUUGACCAGCCUCUUCCUCUCUGCCGGCUUCCAUCCUGCCCUCCAUUCCCACACAGACGACCCACCAGCCCUCUCUGAGCCUCUCAGACGUGUCCUGGGGAGAUGAGGGUUGGGGUGACCGCCUAACACGGGAUGAACAGUAUGGGAUCACCAGAGCCCAGAAACUACUGAGGAGGGGAGGGGGGGGGCCAGCUUGUUUUGUUUUUUUUCCUCUCUUUUUUUUCUUGAUUCUUUAGUUGUAUUUUUUUUUUUCCAAAACAAAACGGAGCCUCUCUGCCUUAUCGCUCCAGAUACUGUGUGCGUAUGGAGGUGAGCUUGUGUACAUGAGUCGGAGUAUGCUUGAUGAGUUUGUCAGUCCUUUUUAAACUUUUUUGACAACCGGGAGGGGGGAAAGAGGAGGAUCAGCUAAGCUACAAAGACAAUUCUACAUUAUUAUUUCUUCUUCUUCUCCAUCGUCACCAGACAUUGCACUUAAGCAGACAACUCAUCAAUUUACUGUCUUAACCUCUCGGGGCAACAGAGUAGGGUAAAAUAGAAAAACGCCCCUUUUUAGGUCAACAUCAAACUCCAAGGGUGAUUCAUUUAUUCCUGAGGUAUGUUUUUUUCCUAAAGAAGAAUGGAUCAACUUAAACGGUGUAAUUGAUGGACUUUUGCUUGCAACAUACCAUCCACAGGUAUUUUUCUGGACAAAUAGCCACGCAGCCUGAUUUUUUUGUUUGUUUUUGUUUUUUUCUUGUCCCUUCAGCCAUAACCAUCACUCUUUCCCCAAAGCUCCUCAUGGAACUCUGUGAUAAAGACAACUGAGAAAUUGUUAGAGGAAAAAAAAAGAAUGGCUUGUGACGAUAUGUGGACUGCCGUGCCACCUUUCCAUAUCUGAUUGUUUCUCUAUUAUAAUAUAUGAUAAUAUGACAUUUUGCUCGGCCCCUUUUGCCAUUUGAUGCCAUCCUGAUUACAUCUAAUAGGAAUUCCUCCCUUCUGUUUUUUGUUGCAGUCGGUUUUGUAUUUGAUUCAAAUUUGCAGACCCCUUUCAGUUUUCACCCACUCCGCUUACUGUAUGGGUUCAACUAUUAGACCCUCCGUCUUUAAAUGCCUUCUGAACAAUGUCAGUCUUGUCAAGGCUCACAGCGGCUUCUUAUUGGCUCUGUCUCCAGGUCUGUGUUACUAAUAAAACACUUGUCAGUAUCGACCAGUAA